CGUUCCCAGAAUGCUCUGCUCUCCGUGACGUUUCAACAUGGCGGCGCUCUGUAAGGUGGUGUACAACGUGAGAGUCAGAUCGACUUUACUGCCAAAACCUUGCGUUUUAACUACACUCAAAUCACUAUGUAGCUCCAACGUGAGUGGAACUUCUGGAGAAGAUACAGGCACGGAUGAUAAAUCAGAGAGGGUAAAGGGCGGGUUUGCAACAGCGUACGAUCAGCAUUCAGACCUCCAGCAGAAGGGCGAUCGGGACGCAGCAGUGCGAUCGGUGAGAUCCAAGGAUGAAACUUCGUUUAUAUCGCUCUUAAGACAUUCAGCGCUCAUCCAAAUGGGCCCAGCCAAAGACAAGAUCGUCACUGGGAAAAUCUUUCACAUCGUCAAUGACGAUUUGUAUAUAGAUUUUGGUGGGAAGUUCCACUGUGUGUGUAAGAGGCCCUCUGUGGACGGGCAGAGGUACCAGAGAGGCAGCAGGGUGAGGUUGAGGUUGGAGGAUCUGGAGUUGACCUCACGGUUCCUGGGAGCGACCACGGACACGACGUUGCUGGAGGCGGACGCUACUUUACUCGGACUGUUGGAGAGCAGAGAUGCCAAGGCGAAGGAGUAGUUGUCAUGGAGACCACUGAGGUUGAACUGUGUGUGGAUGGACUUUUGAUUGCGUUGUGUAAGAUAUUAAAUGAAUAAUUUCACCUUU